GCUACGCUCAGUUCCUGUUCCUCAAUUUUGCCCCUGGCUCUCCUCUUCCUGUUACAACACUGCUCCACUCUGACCAGUGCGGCGGGGCCGAUUGGUGUGUGCUAUGGGAUGGUUGCCGACAACCUGCCGGCGCCGGUGGACGUGGUGAAGUUGUUCACAGACAAGGGCAUAGCCGCCAUGAGGCUCUAUGAACCCAACACCGAUGCACUCACGGCUCUUAAAGGCUCACCAAUUGAGGUAAUGCUUGGAGUAAGAAAUGAGGAUCUGGCAUCCAUCGCCGGCUCCCAAGCUGCUGCCGACGACUGGGUCCACACCAACGUAGCAGCAUAUUCCGAUGUCAAGAUUAAGUACAUCACAGCGGGCAAUGAGGUCAUUCCAGGCCCAAAUUCUCAGUACGUCCUCCCGGCGAUGCAGAAUCUGUUGAAGUCGCUCACCGCCGCCAGCCUGAGCAGCAGCAUACGCGUGUCGACGGUGGUGUCCAUGAGCGUGCUGGGCUCGUCCUACCCUCCUUCACAGGGCGCCUUCUCCGACGUGACGGCCGCCGUGAUGUCCGACAUCGUCUCCUUCCUCAGCAGCAACGGCUCCCCUUUCCUUGCCAAUGUGUAUCCAUAUUUUGCGUACACCGGGAGCCCAGGGCAAAUAGCGCUGCCUUAUGCACUCUUUGCCGGCGACGCGCCUGUUGUUCAGGACGGGGCCCUGUCUUACCAUAACCUCUUUGACGCCAUGGUGGAUGCGCUCUACUCGGCGUUGGAGAAAGCCGGCGGUAGUAGCGUAGGGAUCGUGAUUUCAGAGAGCGGCUGGCCGUCCGCCGGCAGCGACGCGGCCACCGUCGCGAAUGCCCAGGCGUAUGUCAAUAACUUUAUUUCUCAUGUAACCUCUGGCGACGGUACCCCGAAGAGGCCGGGGAAACCCAUAGAGGCCUAUGUGUUUGCAAUGUUCAACGAGAACCAAAAGCCAGGGGAGGCCGUCGAGCAGAACUUUGGCCUCUUCUAUCCUAGCAUGCAGCCUGUCUACCCCGUCUUCAACUGA